GUCACCAACCUUCCCUAGUCUCGCCUCCCUCGAAGAAUCCACUAUCUGCCAGCCACCGUUACAUUCACCACUCAUCACACGUAUUUAUAUGCAUCACCGAUUUCUCAGUCCAAUAUCUGCUCGACGCUCACGAUCGUUCUCUCUCUCUCUCUCUGAAAAAUCUCUCUCUAACAUCGUACAGAAAGAUGGCAAGUUCGACGCUCACCGGAUUACUAAAGAAGGUCGCCGGCGAAUUCCCAUCCCGCCGCGCGGUUUCUGUAUCCGGCCAGUUCGACCUCACGCACGCUCGCCUUCAAGAAUUGAUCGACCAAGCCGCCUCCCAACUCGUCGCCUCCGGCGUUAAACCCGGUGACGUGGUCGCUCUCACCUUCCCCAACACCAUCGAGUUCGUAAUCUUGUUUCUGGCCGUAAUACGCAUCCGCGCCACGGCCGCGCCGCUCAACGCGGCUUACACCUCCGACGAGUUCCAGUUCUACCUCUCCGACUCAGGCUCGAAACUCCUCCUAACCUCCCAAGAAGGAAACAAGCCGGCUCAAUCCGCCGCGUCCGUACUCAACAUCCCGCACAUCACCGCUUCGCUUCCUCAACCCGCCUCCGAUGUAACUCUCUCCUCAACUCGGCCCGAGUCGAACCCCGACUCGCUCUCCAGACUCGUCAACGACCCAGCCGACGUCGCGCUCUUCCUCCACACCUCCGGCACCACAAGCCGGCCCAAGGGCGUGCCCUUGACUCAGCUCAACCUAUCCUCCUCCGUACAAAACAUCAAAUCGGUCUACAAACUCACCGAGUCCGACUCCACCGUUAUAGUCCUCCCCCUGUUCCACGUACACGGGUUGCUCGCCGGGUUACUGAGUUCGCUCGUAGCGGGAGCCGCCGUGACUCUCCCGUCCGCCGGCAGAUUCUCCGCUUCGACUUUCUGGUCGGACAUGAACGCUUUCAGCGCCACGUGGUACACCGCCGUCCCCACGAUCCACCAGAUCAUAUUGGACCGCCAUUUGAACAACCCCGAACCGGUUUACCCGAAACUCCGGUUCAUCCGGAGCUGCAGCGCUUCCCUCGCGCCGGUUAUUUUAGAGCGGCUGGAGGAAGCGUUCGGGGCGCCGGUUUUGGAGGCGUACGCGAUGACGGAAGCGGCGCAUCUGAUGACGUCAAACCCGUUACCCGAGGAUGGCCCGCACAAGGCCGGGUCGGUUGGGAAACCCGUGGGUCAAGAAAUGGCAAUAUUGGAUGAAAAUGGCGUUGAACAAGAGUGUGGGAAAAGUGGGGAGGUUUGUAUCAGGGGGCCGAAUGUGACAGCCGGGUACAAGAAUAAUCCUGAGGCAAAUAAAGCUGCGUUUCGGUUUGGGUGGUUUCAUACCGGAGAUCUCGGGUUUUUAGAUUCGGAUAGGUAUUUGCAACUUGUCGGGCGGAUUAAGGAGCUGAUCAACCGUGGAGGAGAGAAGAUCUCACCUAUUGAAGUGGAUGCGGUUCUUCUAUCUCAUCCAGACAUUGCUCAAGCCGUUUGCUUUGGAGUUCCAGACGACAAAUUCGGGGAAGAGAUAAACUGCGCUAUCAUUCCUAGAGAAGGAUCAAACAUCGAUGAGGCUGAGGUGUUGAGGUUCUGCAAGAAGAAUCUCGCAGCUUUCAAGGUCCCCAAGAAGGUUUUUAUCACUGAUUCUCUCCCAAAGACUGCUACUGGGAAAAUCCAACGGCGGUUUGUCGCGGAGCACUUCCUUGCUCAAAUCUCUACCGCUAAAGUCCCCAAGUUCGGAGCCUAAACGAAAGCUUGUUCUCUCUUAGUAUUAAUUAGUGUUACCUAAGUAAUGGGCAGAACCAGAAAGAGCAGCUUCUGUUACACAAAUAGACAAACUGGUUAGUGAGUGAUGCGUUUUUCGCUGCGAUUUAGAAUAUCUAAUUUCUAUCCAAGGUCAUGGUUCAGAGCGUGUAUACUAUUCUAGCUUCUAGUUCCAUUGGUUGGUUGCUUUAUAGUAGCAGGUUUUUCAUGUA